AUGGAUCGAUUUUUAGAUGCAGGAACAAUUGCAACAGGAAGUGGUGGUAAUACACAACCACCAACAAAUGGUAAAAAACCAUCAACUAUUGCAGGAAUCAUUUCACCAGUUACAAAUCCGAUUAUAUCAGCUUCUUCUAGUGGAGGUAGUCGUUCUCGACCAGCAACUCAAAGUGGCGGUAGUAGUGCUAUCAAAGAAUCAGCAGAUAGUAAUAGUGCAACUAUUGACGAUCCUAUUGAUAUUGAACGAACUGAUCGAUUAAUUGCUAAAAAGACAACACCACCCGUUAUAAAAGUAGGAAAAAAUCUAACUUUAGAAAUAACAAAAGUAACAGAACAAUUAUUACAAGCUAUUGCAAAUAGUGAUUAUGAAAUGUAUAAGUCACUAUGCGAUCCAAAAAUAACUUGUUUUGAACCUGAAACUAUAGGAAAUCUUGUUGAAGGUCUUGAUUUUCAUAAAUUUUAUUUUGAUACAGUAUUAUCGGCUAAAGCAAGUAAACCAACAAUCAAUUGUACAAUGUUAACACCAGUUGUACAUACAUUAGGAGAUGAAUCAGCUUGUAUAGCUUAUGUUUUACUUCUUCAAUAUAUUGAUCGUCAUGGACAAGCACAAAGUGUUCGAACUGAAGAAACUCGUGUAUGGCAUAAGAAAGAUACUCGUUGGCAAUGUGUUCAUUUUCAUCGUUCCGGUAUGCCAGUUGCAGCAGCAAUAAAAUCAUCAUAUUCAAGUACAUUAUUAUAA